AUGCAAUGUGCUAUAGCCUUUUAUCAUAUAUCUCCGGAGAAGCUCAUUAAUUUAUCAAUGGAAGCAUGCUCAUAUGAAAAGCAAUCACUCAAUGAUAAUGUUAUGGUUUUAUUUCCUGAAACAGUCCGAUCUUGCGGAUCAUUUCAAACUAAUAAGAGGCAAAAUGACUACGACAAUGAUUUAAGGCAUGUUACCAGUCUGGAGCCUACUGUGCAAAUUAUUUGGCAUGAAAUGGGUGAUCCAAAUACGUGUGAAUUGGGAUAUAAGGGUUAUCAAAAAAACUAUCGAAUAUCACCCGAUCUGGGAUAUUAUAUUGGAUGCCAAAAAGCUCUUUCACACUAUAUAUCACAAUUAGCAAUCCGAAAGACACCAAUUUGGAAUACCAGUAAUCCGAACUGUCCGCUAAAAAGUUUACCCAAAAAUUAUGAGGGUUAUCUGGCAUGUGAUUUCAUAGAUGGCAAAUGGUAUGAAGUAAUUUUCAAGAGCAUGAUACGUUACGAAACUUAUCAUAAGAAAGUUUACAGAACUUUCUGGUCCAAUUAUUCCAAUAUUCUUUUGAUUCAGCCCAGUUUUUUGAUCAAAACCAAAUACACAGAAGUAGACUGGCUUCCAAAACUUAUUUCAUUGAAAAUCAGGUCAACAAGUUGCGACGAUGCUGAAUUUUCGUUAAAUAUAAAUUCGAAUUGGUCGCAACCAAUUUCAUUCGUCAUUCAUUAUCGCAUUCGUCUCGAUAAUCAUGUACAUUAUGUGAGUUUGAUAGCAAAUCGUACAGUGAAUGAUUGGAUGACCGAUACAUUUGUUUUGAUUCCAUCGAAUGCAAUUCAUGAAAUUUGUUACCAGAUGAGCUGGGAAUCGUACGAACAUCAUUUUCAGAAUUGUGUUCCGUUCCAAAUCGAUCAGAAAUGCUUCGAAAGCAAUGAUGCUUCGAAGCAUUUGUCCGUGAAUAGAAAUAUCUUUGUGAUAAUGGUCGUUGUGAAUUUUACUCUGACUUAUUUAUUAGAAGAAAUUUUCCUUGUUCAUCCAGUAUAG